AUGGCAGCUGAGUCACUGCCUUUCUCCUUUGGGACACUGUCCAGCUGGGAGCUGGAGGCCUGGUAUGAGGACUUGCAGGAGGCGCUGUCCUCAGAUGAAAAUGGGGCUACCUAUGUCUCACCUCCUGGAAACGAGGAGGAAGAACCAAAAACCUUCACCACUCUUGACCCCGCCUCCCUGGCUUGGCUGACCGAGGAGCCAGGACGAGCAGCGGUCACACGCACCUCCCAGAACCCCACCUCUCCGGAUUCCAGUCAGAGCUCCCCGGCUCAGGAGGAAGAAGAGGAAGACCAAGAAAGGCCCAGGAAACAGAAACACAGUGGCCAGUCCCCGGCACGGGCUGGAAAGCAACGCAUGAAGGAGAAAGAACAAGAGAAUGAAAGAAAAUUUGCACAGCUAUCUGAAGAGAACAAACGGCUCAAGCAGGAAAUCGAGCGCCUGACCAGGGAAGUGGAGGCAACUCGCCGAGCUCUGAUUGACCGGAUGGUUAUUCUGUACCAAGCAUGAACGGCUGGGACCAGCACUUCCCCUCGGGCCACUUCUGACCCUUCCUGGAAGUAUCUACUGACCACCUUCUCACCAAUGCCAACGAUGUACCCCUCCAGCCCCCAUCUAUUCAGUAGGGGGAAAACUUAGGGUAGAUGACAGGAGAGGGUCUCGGCAUGUAUAUAGAGAUUGUACAUUUAUUUAUUACUGUCCACAUCCAUUAAAGUGACUUUCUAGAAAAAAAAAAGAA